AUGUCUGGCUUCGGCGACUUCACCACGAUCUGCGAGACCGCACCUCUGCCACUAUGCGCUGCCGUCGGGCCCGUUCUGAAGGCCUCUGGCCGUACUGGUAUCGAGCCAGAAUGCUAUGCUCGUAAUAUCGAACUCGCCAAUACUAUCAUUUUCGAGGGUGCUGCGGCUGUUAUGCACAUUGUUGCUCUCGUUAUGACUGUCAUUAUGAUUCUGCACGUCCGCAGCAAGUUCACUGCUGUUGGUCGCAAAGAGAUUCUGAGCUUCUUCUAUCUGUACAUGCUGCUCUCUGCUAUGUCUCUCGUUGUUGAUGCUGGUGUGGCACCCCCCGGAAGCGAUCCGUAUCCGUAUCUCGUCAGUGUGCAAAACGGUCUUAGCAGCGCGGUCAUCACAUGCCUUCUUAUUAAUGGCUUUGUCGGGUUCCAACUGUACGAGGAUGGCACACCUCUUUCGGUCUGGAUGCUGCGAAUCAGUUCUUUGGCUGCUUUCACCAUCAGCUUCCUCGUCUCGCUUGCCACCUUCAAGAGCUGGGCUGGACUUGGUCCUACCAACACUGUCGGAUUAUUCGUUGUUCUCUACCUCUUGAACGCAAUCCAGCUUUUUAUAUAUGUUGCCAUGCAAAUUCUGCUCGUCACUCGAACGCUGCAGGACCGCUGGCCUCUUGGAGAUAUCGCCUUCGGUAUCUUCUUCUUUGUGGCUGGCCAGGUUUUCCUCUACGCCUUCAGCUCAAAGAUCUGUGUCGCUAUCAGCCACUACCUCGAUGGCCUUUUCCUUGCGACCGUCUGUAACUUGCUGGGCGUGAUGAUGGUUUACAAGUAUUGGGACUCAAUCACCAAGGAAGAUCUCGAAUUCUCUGUCGGCACCAGGAUGAACAACUGGGAGGUCAAGGAGCUGCUGCCAGAAGAGGAGCGAAGGGCCACCGUCUUCUCAGAAGACCCCUACGGCCAGUCCAGCUCAUAUGAUAUGCCUUACUCGCCAGGCGCAGCGCGAUACUCUUCCAAGUACUAA